UCGUUACACUUGGCAACGUUGUGGAACCCGACGAGUCGCACCGACCAAAUCCCGUCGUUUGCCGCUCAAACAACAACGCACGGCCGGCCGACAACCUACGCCUGCGCCGUCACACCGCACGCCCCGCCACCGCGCCGCCGCCGCCAUAACCGCCAUAACCGCCAGUCGCCGCCGCCGCCGCUAACGUGCUAAUCUAUGGUCCGCGUCCCAAUCGAAUAACCGAAACGGCCGUAUCACUCACCACCUUCUUGUUCGCGUUCCCGGUCUUUUUCUGGCGUCUUUGUCCGGCUUCGCUUGUUCGCGCAAUCGCAUCGUCCAUAACCUAACCUGUAGUGCAGCCCGUCGCGUUUGUCGUUUGCAUUCUAUUGCGCGUUUCGCCGCCAUUGCUGAUAUUGCCCGGCGAUCGUCAACAGACAACCUGUGCCGCCGUUUUAUUGUGGCAUUCAGCGUCGUCGUCAUCAGAGCGGAAACGCUUACGAACGGGUAUCCACACGAGGACGAAUAUCCAUCACAUCCAUCCAUGGCGCCGGUUACUAGAAAACGUGCUGCAUCUAAGCCAACAGUUAGUCAACCCAUACGCAAAAAUGUGAUGGUAGAGCUGAAUUUAAUGCAUAACAAAGCAUGUAUGUUGUGUGGACAUAAAGAAAUAAGUGAAAAAUUAUAUGGAUUAUUAUACCAAUUAGAUGAUGUUGUCGUUCAUUAUUUUUGUAUACUAUUAUCAUCAAUGGCCGUUCAAAAUGGUGCAGACAAUCAGGGGAUUUGGGGAUUUUUAUUGAAAGAUAUUAAAUCUGAACUGGCCCGAGGAACUAAAGAAAUUUGCUUUUAUUGCAACAAAAAAGGCGCUACUAUAUCAUGCAGUGGGAAAAAAUGUCAAAAAGUGUUUCAUCUUCCCUGUGGAUUGAAAAAUGGAUCCAUGCAUCAAUAUUUCCAGGCAUUUAAAUCGUUUUGCCAAAAGCAUUGUGUUACGCAAACUGUUAAUUUAUCUGCGUUAAAAAAGUCUACUGCUCAAUGUGCUAUUUGUAAAGAUGCUGUUGUACCGUCCCCUAUACCAACUUCUAUUUGGGCACCGUGUUGCAAACGUGAUGCUUGGUUUCACCGGGAAUGUAUUCAAGAUUUGGCAUUAAAUGCAGGCUAUUUUUUUAAAUGCCCAUUAUGCAACGAUGUGGAAAAAUUCAAAUCCAGAAUGCUAACGCUUGGAAUAUACAUACCAUCAAGGGACGCCUCUUGGGAAACUGUACCAAAUGCUUUUGCCGAGCUCACAGAAAGACCUAGUAUAUGCAGUAUUGAUAUAUGUCUAUGUCCACAUGAGAAAAAACACAAAUUUCAACUCCCAUCCGGAUCAUGGGAAAUUCUUCUGUGCAUUUCAUGUGGAUCAAAUGGAACACAUAGGUUGUGCAGUUCUAUUAAACAUGAACAGGAGUGGUGUUGUGCAGUUUGCAAAGAAGUUCCAGAUAAGGAUGCUGCAAAGAAGAAGAAAAUUAAAUUAGAACCGCUUGAUAGCUGUAGUGGAAGUUCGAGUAGCUGUAGUGGAAGUUCGAGUAGCUGUAGUGGAAGUUCGAGUAUGUCUGAAGUGAUGCAAGUCCCGUCUCAUAAUGGAGAAGCAUCUCAAAGAGGUCAUAGUAUCAUAGAUGAUCCAAUACUUAUAUUGGAUUCAGAUGACAGCAAUGAUAGUAAUAGCAGUGUACAGUGUAUAUCUGACGAUGAAGAACAAGCAAAUACACAUGAAGUUGAACAAAAUAUAAUAUAUGUUGUUCAAUCAAGUACGCAAGUUGAGCAAACGCCAGCUCAAACACAGUUGCCAAUAUUAUAUCAAUAUAGUUCGUUGAAUACAAUCUAUAUUAGAAAUUGUAUUGACGACGAAAUUCCUCUUAUUGGAAACUAUUCUACUACUAUUGAUUUAACUUCAGAUGCCGACGAUAAUUAAAUAUUGUAUAAUGUUCAGGUUACA